CAAUUAGGGGGAGAGAGUCAUUGCAAAACAGCCAUACGGCCAUACCCCAAAUCAAUCUAUCAUUCAUCCCCCAAACCCUUCUCACCGUUAGUCAUUGCUAGCCCAAACCCUAGAUUUCUCCCACCGCCCUCCCAACCAUUCUGUACAAUCCGGCCGAGAGUCUCUUCCUCCAGGCGCAAGAACCAAAAGGCCGCAUCUUCUUCCUGCCGGCGACCUCUGCAUCAAUCGCUGGCCAGCUCUAAGAGGAAUCAAACUUUGAAAUCUCCUACGAUGAGCAUAACGACAACAGCGGAGAAGUAUUGCACCCAUUCCUUUCCCUCGACUUUCACCCAAUCUCCUGUCUCCUGUCCAGCGCUGGCGCCUAUUGACGUGGCCGUUUGAAGAUGUGAUUCGGUGGUGCUGUUGUCGGCUUUGUCACCUGGAGAAGCAGUUUGUAAAGGGAUCAACGAUGGUAACAUGAUGUCUCUCCUGAGAGCUUAGAGUAAUGGUCAUACUGCUUGAAGUGCUUUGUGGAGGUUGCAAUCUCAGGGUGUCCUACCAGAUUGUGCAGCUCUAUUUCUACUAACCCAUAGCAACUACACCAUUAUCCUUGCAACUAUAACAACGUAUGGUGGGAGGUUUGGAAACUUUGGCAGAUUGUAAUUUACGAGCUAUUUGCCACAUGAAUUAGCUUACAUCAUUCUUGUAGCAGUAAAGUAGGAUUUUAUAUUCAAGCAGGUGUUGUAGUGAAAUGCCAAUACAGAAAUAUAUAUUAUUCCAUUGUGAUUGAUAAUAGUUUGUCAGAAACUAGCUUGUAUACAAGGAAACUCAGGUAUAUAUAUAUAUAU